CGGGCCCCCGGCGUAGGGAAGAAGGCAGGCUCCUGGGUGCUUCACGGCCCCCCUCGCUCAGCACGUGGGAGCUAGAGGCUGCACAGCCUUACCUAUGCCAAGCCCGGGUUGCAGGCGGGAUAUGCUGGGGAAGGAAGAAUAGUUGCUAAACGCUGCCCUAAGCACUUUAGACGUCCAAACGUUUAAAUAUUCGUUACUUAGACUAAUUUGUAUACAUGAGAAGUGACUCCAUACCAAUCACAAUAUGUCAAGAAAGAAAAAAAGACCCAAUAGAAAUGUUUCAUUCUGGACAGCUGGUAAAAAUCUGUGCCCCAAUGGUUCGAUAUUCAAAGUUGGCUUUUAGAACACUAGUAAGAAAAUACUCUUGUGAUCUGUGUUAUACACCAAUGAUAGUUGCUGCUGAUUUUGUCAGAUCUGUAAAAGCCAGAGAUAGUGAAUUUACCACAAACCAAGGUGAUUGGCCAUUGAUUGUUCAAUUUGCUGCUAAUGAUGCAAGACUUUUAUCUGAUGCUGCUCAAAUAGUCUGCCCCUAUGCAAAUGGAAUAGAUAUUAACUGUGGUUGUCCUCAGAGGUGGGCAGUGGCAGAAGGUUAUGGAGCUUGCUUAAUAAACAAGCCAGAGCUCAUUCAAGAUAUGGUGAAACAAGUAAAAAAUCAAGUGGGAAAUCCUAGAUUUUCAGUUUCAAUUAAAAUAAGGAUCCAUGAUGACCUUACAAGAACCAUAGAUCUUUGCCAGAAGGCUGAAGCAACAGGAGUGUCCUGGAUUACAGUUCAUGGAAGAACCAUUGAAGAAAGACACCAACCAGUCCACUAUGAUGCCAUUAAAAUGAUAAAGGAAAGUGUGUCUAUACCUGUAGUUGCUAACGGAGACAUAAGAAACUUGAAAGAAGCAGAAAAUGUGUGGCAGAUGACUGGGACAGAUGGUGUGAUGGUUGCAAGGGGACUUUUGUCAAACCCAGCUAUGUUUGCUGGAUAUGAAGAAACCCCGCUGAGAUGUAUCUGGGACUGGGUUGACAUCGCUCUUGAACUUGGAACUCCUUUUAUGUGUUUCCAUCAACAUUUAAUGUACAUGAUGGAAAAGAUAACAUCAAGGCAGGAAAAAAGAGUAUUUAACGCUCUGUCAAGCACAUCAGCAGUCCUGGAUUACCUUACAGACAAUUAUGGUGUUUGACUCCUCUUUCAUUGUAGUAUAUACGUUAUAUCUACAUGGAACCAUAUGACGUCACAUCCUGGUAUUUCUUUUAAGUCUGUGUUUAAGGCUUUCAACUUCAGUACAACAGUGGUCACUGGGGCCAGACAUGGUGGCACAUGUCUCUAAUCCAAGCACUCAGAAAGGUAAAGGAAAAAGAUUGGGAAUUCUAGGCCAGCAAGUCUUUGUCUCAAAGAACAAAUGGAAAUUUUCCCAGAAUUUUAAAAAUUCAGACCUGGGGCUGAAGAGAUUGCUCACAGUUAAAAGCACUGGUUGCUCUUUCAGAGUACCUAGAUCAGAUUCCCACCUCUCUAGUGCCUGCUCACUACUGUCUGUAACUCCAGUUCCAGGGGAUCCAACACUUUCUUCAGGCCUCCUCAGGCACCAGCCAAGCAUAUGGUACACAGACAACAUUCAGCCAAAACACAUAACUUUUUAACACUAAAAUUAAAAAAAGAAAAAAUCAGUUCCUUUACCCUUUCUCAUGCAUUCCACUUGAGUAAAUUUUGAAUCAACCCAGAAGUUUAGUUUUAAAGAAUCCAAGAGGUUCAGACAUCCCACAGUCCCAAAUCAAAUACUGAAAAACUUUGCUCUGAAUCUUUAUGAAGUGUGGUGUGUGUGUG